AUGGCAGACAAGGAGGGCUAUCUCGCAAAGCCGUCGGCCGACUGUUGUCUGAAGGGCUCGCUGCAUCAAGGAGAGCCGCGAGGUCGGAUCGAGACGGUCGCUGGUGUCGAGACAUAUAUAUCGACUCCGCAAGGCAAGAACAACGGCAAUAUCAUCCUCUAUUUCCCUGACGUGUGGGGAUUCUUCAACAAUGGCUUCCUAGUCAUGGAUGGGUUUGCUGAUGCAGGCUAUACGACUAUUGGGCUGGAUUACUUUCGAGGAGAUCCCGUGUGGAAGUACCGCAAGGAUAAAAACGAUCCGGCUCCAGGCUUUGAUUAUGAGGCCUGGAAGAGGAAGCAUACUGCCGUCGCGGACGAAGUCACCCCUAAAUGGGUCGAGGCCGUGAAGGCACAGUUCGGCAGCCCGACGACCAAGUACGCUUGUGUAGGAUACUGCUUCGGAGCGCCGUACGUGUGCAAUGAGCUCGCCCGAGAUAUCUGUGCCGCUGGCGCUUUCGCCCACCCGGCAUUUCUGAAAGAGCACCAUUUCCGGCAGUUAAAGAAGCCUUUGUUCCUGUCGUGCGCCGAGACCGACCAUACCUUUGGGACGGAAGCCCGCAACACGGCGGUGGACAUCCUCCGCAAUGAAAAGAAGACUUACAACCUGCAACUGUUUUCGGGCGUCGAGCACGGGUUCGCGCUUCGGUGCAAUCUGGAUAGCUCAUAUGAGCGAUAUGCAAAGGAGGAGAGCCUGAGGGGAAUUGUUCAGUGGUUUGACUUGUGGCUGUCACAAUGA